GAAAAGAGCUGAAGUUAAAACAGGAACCCAGAGCAGACACAGGUCCAGAGCUGUCACUGGCAGCAGGUGCCUGAGCAAAAAGCAGCAAGUUUGCCAGCAGGAACUCGUGAGCCUUUAAAGAUGUGGAAAGCAGUUGUGGGACACAACGUGUCAGUGAAAGUGGAGGCUCAGGGAGACGACUGGGACACAGACCCCGAUUUCGUGAACGACAUCUCCGAGCGGGAGCAGCGCUGGGGAGCCAAAACCAUCGAGGGCUCCGGCCGUGCCGGGCACAUCGACAUCCAUCAGCUGAGGAACAAGGUAUCAGAGGAACAUGAGGUCAUCAAGAAGAAGGAGCUGGAGACUGGCCCCAAGGCAUCCUAUGGCUAUGGGGGCAAAUUUGGAACAGAGCGGGACCGAAUGGAUAAGUGCGCAGUAGGACACGAGUACAUUGCUGAUGUUGGGAAGCACUCCUCGCAGACAGAUGCAGCCCAGGGCUUUGGUGGCAAGUUCGGAGUCCAGCGGGACCGAGCGGACAAGUCAGCACUGGGCUUUGAAUACAAGAGUGAGGUGGAGAAACACUCAUCCCAGAAAGAUUACUCCAAGGGCUUUGGUGGCCGUUACGGAGUGGAAAGGGAUAAGGUGGACAAAGCAGCUGUGGGAUUUGACUACAAGAGCCAGGCAGAGAAGCAUGACUCUCAGAAAGACUAUUCUGUGGGCUUUGGUGGGAAGUUUGGGGUUCAGAGGGACCGUCAGGACAAGAAUGCCCUUGGCUGGGACCAUCAGGAAGAAGUGCAGCCCCACGCAUCCCAAAGAGACUAUGCCAAGGGGUUUGGAGGCCGUUAUGGGGUCCAGAAGGAUAGAGUGGAUAAGAGUGCUGCUGGCUUUGAUGAGAUGGCAGCUCCCACCUCCUCCUAUGAGAAAACAAGACCCCUGGAGGCAGGAGCCUCCAGUGGCGCCAGCAGCCUGCGGUUGCGGUUUGAGCACAUGGCCCAGUCGGCAGAGGAGGAGAGCAGGAGGCAGGCAGAGGAGGAGCGGGUGAGGCGGCAGGCCCGGGAGCACCGGCUGGCUCAGCAGCAGCAGGAAAUCCCUCAGAGAGAGAAGGAGCACACUGGGACUGGGGCAGCCCCUCCAGCCGUGCCAGCAGGGGUGCUCAGGGGUGCUGCUGGGGACCAGCCUGUGUCACCAGGAGAACAGGAGGCCAAAAGGGACGAUGAAGAAGUACCACCCACUUUGCCACCAAGGCCUGCAGAUCUGGAUGCAGAGCUGUGCAAGGUCCCCAGCCAGGGUCAGCCCACCUACAAUGUAAGUUUGGAUGUUGGUGGAGACUAUGAGGAGCUGCCAGAGCCCUCUGACUACUAUGACAGCACCAGUGGAGGUGCUGACUAUGAGGAGCUGCCAGCCCCUCUGGAAAAGCUGGAUGCCACCUAUGACUUUGGAGGAGAUGGAGGUGAAGACUAUGAGGUGAUCCUUCCUCAGGAGCCCAGACAGAGCCAUCCCCACCUGGGGAGCACGGACAGUGCUGCUGAGGGGCAGAGCCCCGGGAUCUGCGCAGUGGCUCUCUAUGACUACCAAGGAGAUGGAGAUGAUGAGAUUUCUUUUGAUCCUGAUGACACAAUCACACACAUUGAGAUGGUGGAUGAAGGCUGGUGGCGGGGACAGUGCCAUGGCAGAGUCGGCCUCUUCCCAGCAAAUUAUGUGAAGCUUCUGCAAUGAAAUUAUAGCACAGUGCAAGCUGCUUCCUUCCCACCUUUUGUGUCUGUCAUGGUUUGACACUGGGCACAUGCCAGACACCCACAAAAGUCACUCAUUCACCCUCCUCUACCACAGUUUGGCAGAGGAGAGAAAAAUUUAAUGAAGCUUUGUGAGCUAAGGACUGGGAGAAAACACUCCAAGGGCAAAAUAGGCUUGACUUAGAGGUACAAAGGCAAUUUAUUACCAACAAAGUCAGAGGAGGAUAAUGAGAAAUAAAAGAAGCCCUUAAAACACCUUUUUUCCCCCAACUCCUCCCUCCUUCCCACCAACACUGCAGGGAGACAGGUAUGGGAGUUUUGGUCAUUUCAUCACUGAGAUUUUCUUCCAUUGCUCUGGGAGAGGAGUCCUUCCCCUGUGAGAUCGUGAGGUCCCUCCCAUGGGAGACAGUUCUCUGUGAACUUCUCUGACACAGGUCCACUCUCAUGAGCAGCAUUCCUCCAAAAGCUGCUGCAGCAUGGUCACUGUUCCACGGGGUGCAGUGCUCCAAGGACAGGCUGCUCCAGCCUGGCAGCAGGGCCCCCUCUCUCCACUGGCUCUCCCACUGGAUCACAGUCUCCUCCAGGCAUCCACUGCUCUGGCAUGGGCACUCCCCAUGGGCUGUGGGUGGAUCUCUGCGUCCCCCUGGAUCCCCCGGAGCUGUGGGUGUAUCUCUGCAUCCCCUGGAGCUGUUCAUGGCUCUCUGCAUCCCCCAUGGCUCCCCAGGGGCUGCAGGGGCACAGCUGUCU